AGACAAUUAUACCCCCAUAACCCCCCUCUCUCUCUCUCUCUCACCCCUAUCCAUCUUCUCGCACAGAAGUGAGGGAGGCGAAGAAGAGAAAGCAGAGACUCUCUCCGCUCUGUGUUUCCCCGCAGAGUGUUUGAUAAUUGAUUCUCUCUCUCUCUCUCUCUCUCUCUCUCUCUCUCUCUCUCUAGAACAAGUGAAGAAAAGAAAGAAAUGGAUUUAGCUUCGAAAAUCCAAUUCAUGGACCUACGCUCAACUUUCCUCGCCGGCACAACCCCACUUUCCCACUCUUUCCCCGCCGCCCUCCGCCCCCACCACCGCUCCUUAACCACCACCACAUCCUCCUCCCUCAAAACCGCCGUCAUCCACCCCACCCUAUUCAAACACCCACCUCGAAUCUCCUCCACCAAAUUACAAGCCGUCGCCACCGAAUCAUCCACCUCCACCACCACCACCACCGCCGCCGGAGACGAAGAAGAAGACAUAGAAUCCCUCUUCUCCGCCAACAACUCCGACCCAUCCGAUAACUACAAGCGCGGCAGCAAAAAGAACUCCACCGGCGCCUCCUCCAUUUCCUCCGGCGUGAGGCUGGAAAACGUAACCAAAACUUACAAAGGCACCACCGUGCUGAAGAACAUCACCUGGGAGGUGAAAAAAGGCGAAAAAGUCGGGCUAGUCGGUGUAAACGGCGCCGGGAAAACAACCCAAUUGAGAAUCAUCGCCGGUUUGGAAGAACCCGAUUCGGGCAACGUAAUCAAGGCCAAAAACAACAUGAAAAUUGCCUUCUUGAGCCAAGAAUUCGAGGUUGUCUCCACUAGGACAGUUAAAGAAGAGUUCUUGAACGCAUUCAAGGAAGAAAUGGACGUCGCGCAGCGGCUCGAUAGGGUGCAGAAGGCGAUUGAGAAAUCGGUCGAUGAUUUGGAUCUUAUGGGGAGAUUGCUCGAUGAAUUCGAUUUGCUGCAGAGGAGAGCUCAAGCCGUUGAUUUGGAUGAAGUCGAUAUGAAAAUCAGCAAGUUAAUGCCCGAGCUCGGUUUUUCGCCCGAAGAUGCCGAUAGGCUCGUUGCUUCGUUUAGCGGCGGGUGGCAAAUGAGGAUGUCACUUGGGAAGAUUCUUCUGCAGGAUCUUGAUUUGUUGCUAUUGGAUGAGCCGACAAAUCACCUUGAUCUCGAUACGAUCGAGUGGCUAGAGGGUUAUUUGAACAAGCAAGAUGUGCCGAUGGUUAUUAUAUCUCACGAUAGGGCUUUUCUUGAUCAACUGUGCACGAAAAUCGUCGAAACUGAUAUGGGAGUUUCUAGAACUUACGAAGGAAAUUACUCCGAGUUUAUACUUGCUAAAGCUGCAUGGGUCGAAUCUCAACUCGCUGCGUGGGAAAAACAACAGAAGGAGAUUGGACACACGAGAGGGCUUAUUAGUAGGUUAAGCGCCGGAGCAAAUUCCGGUCGUGCUUCGACCGCUGAAAAGAAGCUGGAAAAACUACAGGAUGAGGAACAAGUGGAGAAACCUUUCUUCCGGAAGCAAAUGAAGAUUAGGUUUCCAGAGCGUGGAAGAAGUGGUCGAUCUGUUGUGACAGUUAAAGGUCUUCAGUUUGGUUACGAGGAUGAGGUUUUAUUCAAGAAUGCAAAUUUGACGAUUGAAAGGGGAGAGAAAAUCGCGAUUCUUGGUCCAAACGGCUGUGGGAAAAGUACAUUGCUUAAACUGAUUAUGGGCAUGGAAACGCCAGGUGGCGGCGAGGUUCUCGUCGGGGACCACAAUGUAUUACCAAACUAUUUCGAGCAGAAUCAGGCAGAAGCGCUCGAUUUGGAUAAAACGGUGUUGGAAACUGUGGCGGAAGUAGCAGAGGAUUGGAGACUUGACGACAUCAAGGGUUUAUUAGGCCGUUGUAAUUUCAAGACUGAUCUGCUCGACCGAAAAGUUUCGUUUCUAAGUGGCGGUGAGAAGGCUCGACUUGCGUUUUGCAAGUUCAUGGUGAAGCCUUCGACUCUGCUCGUAUUGGACGAGCCAACCAAUCAUUUGGACAUACCUACAAAAGAGAUGCUCGAGGAGGCGAUAAACGAGUACGAAGGCACGGUUAUCACAGUUUCCCACGACAGAUACUUCAUAAAGCAAAUUGUGAAUCGAGUCUUGGAAGUAAAAGACGGUGUUCUACAGGAUUAUGCUGGGGAUUACAAUUAUUAUUUGGAGAAGAAUCUAGAAGCAAGGGAAAGGGAGCUCGAAAGGGAGGCCGAACUUGACGAGAAGAACCCAAAAACAAAAGCUAAAUCCAAGAUGUCAAAGGCGGAGAGGGAAGUUAGGAAGAAACAGAAGGUGCAGGCGUUUCAAGCGGCUAAACAGAAAUCGAAAUCAUCGAAGAAUUCGAAGAGAUGGAACUGAAGAUUUCUUUGAAGCUACCUAUGAUUUAUGUAAUAAAAAAAAAAAAAAGAAUAAGGAAAUGUUUGAAUGUUGUGGAUAGUUUGUUUAAUUAAUCUGUCUUUGUAUAUAUAAACAACAAACAGUUAUAGAGGUGCCCUUUGUUAGAAAAUCAGCAGCUCUUGGUUUUUAUAAGCUGUCUUGAAGGUGAUGUAACAUUGAACAAGUAUGACGUCAUCAAUGUCACAUAUAUUUAUUCUUGGACUUUUAAUCA